AUGGCCGGUAUCGAACUUCCUCCUCACCUGAUGCGUCAGGCCACCCGCACCAACAGCCGCAUUCCUCCCAUGGCUCGUCGCUCCGUCUCUCCCUUCCCCACUCGCAUGGCCGCUCUCUCCCGCGACAAGCUUCAAAAGGAAGCCUCUACAAAGAACCCCGAUCUGCGCCGAUGCCUUGCUCACCACACUCUCCUCAACCGCUCCAUUGAAGCCGCCCAGCAAGACGUGCGUCGGCGCAUGGCAUCCUUCCACCUUGAUGAAGAAGACGAUGAUGACUUCACCACCUCCUACCACUCUACACCCAAUGAGGCUACGGCUGUGCCUCUCAUCCGGGUCCAGAUCACCAAUGCUGUGCGGGCUAUGGUGAAGCGUCGUGCCGCAGAUAGCCAGCAGAACGACCAGCUGAAUGGGUUGACGCGGGUGUCGGCGAAUGCAGACAAGGCGGUGAACAACAACAGCAGCAGCAGCAGCAGCAGCAGCAGCAGUAUGAAGAGUCUGAAGAGGGUCCCUCGUGUGGUCUUCGGUCGGCGUCGCUGGCCUUUGUAUGGAGCGGGACCACUGCAGACUGGAUUGGUGUUAUACUAUACUAUUUAG